UGGCCAUUUAUUGUUUGAAUCAAAGCGCGACACGGUCAAUACUGUCACUUAGUAGGGCGGCCAAUUUUCAGGCUUAAAAAUGUAGAUUGGGAUUAAUUGACAAAUGAUGAUUUUUUCGAGUUGCAAUAAAUAUUAGGUAUGAUAAUGUGCUUUGGUAUCUUAUAUCUUGUAUCGUACGGUUGCACGAUGUUUUUCAUACUGGUGUCGCUCCCAGUUUAAAGCUAAGCAUUGCAUCUUUUACAGUAUAUUCAUCUUAUUCAUGAUGUUAUCAAGAACAAAAAGGAUGGUGACCAUGGCAAGGAACCAAGAUAACCUGCCUUGUGAGUGUUUUUAAACCUUCUGGAGAUGAAAUGGGCAUCACGCAUAUCUUCCAAUGCUCUUAAUACUUUGUACAGCCGAAAGAUGAACAAAACUCAACUACUACCUAUCAGUGAAGAUCUGUUAAAGCUUAACACAUUCAUUAGUAACUCUAUCAAAAUGUACAAGGAACGCCUACAGACAUUUUCAGAUUCCGAAAGCUGGAAAAUGCUAGCGUAUUGCUUACUGGCAAGAAUAAUACUUUUUAAUAAGCGCAGAUCUGGGGAAGCCGCAAGACUAACUAUAGAUAGCUACAACUCAAGACCUCAAUGGAGUGAACAAUCCACGACUGAGUUGAAAAAUUCCCUAACACCAUUUGAGGUGAAACUUGCCGAACGAUUAGCGGUAGUAGAAAUGCCUGGGAAAAGGGCCAAGAAAGUACCAGUUCUUCUUACGGAUGAGGUUAGGGUAGCGCUCGACUUGUUAAUAUCAAAAAGAACAGAUUGUGGAAUAUCUGGUAAUAACCCAUAUAUAUUUGCUUGCUCGAAGAAUUCGACUCAAUUCUUAAGGGGGCAUGAUUAUCUUUCGAAGAUGUGCAAACUGGCUGACUUGAGAAAUCCUGAAAUGAUUACAGCUACUAAGCUAAGAAAAUAUGUGGCUACCGUAUGUCAGGUGUUUGAUCUGACUGAAACCGAAUCUGACUGGUUAGCAAGACAUUUGGGCCGCGACAUACGGGUCCACAGAGAAUUUUAUCGCUUACAUGAGAGCACCGUGGAACUGACCAAAGUUAGUAAAUUGCUGAUGGCGGUUGAUGAAGGAAAAGUGAGCACCUUCGCUGGGAAGUCACUAGCAGAUAUAGACAUAGACGAUUUACCACAAAUAGGGGAAAGUGAGAAUGGAUCGGAUUGUGAGGCAGAGUUGGACGGUCAAAUUUUACCGCAAGACAAUCCACCUACAGAAGUCUCAAAGAAUGCAUCUCCUACAGAACUCCCAAAGAAUGCUUCUCCAAAGCGGACUUUACAGAAAAGAGGUAAACAACCAUGGACACCAAAAGAAAAGGAAGCUGUCCUGACCUAUUUCAAAAUUAAUAUCAGGAACUCACUACCAGGGAAAAUAGACUGCAUGAAAUGCAUCGAAGCACAUCCUCUGCUGGAUCAGAGAGACUGGAAGAAAAUUAAAUAUGCAGUGAAAAACGUCAUAGAUAAAAACAAAAAGCUAAAAAAGAAACAUACAAUGUAACAAGUUGCGUUUUUUUUGCUCUGCAAUACAGUAAGAAGGGCCUGUAAGGCUAUUUGUUGAACUAAUUACUAAACUAAAUAGGUUUUAUUAUUAUUCUAUUCAUUGUGUAGCUACUAUUAACAUGCACAAAAUAAAGCCUUAGGGUAUGAAGUUCAUGAAAAUUGGCCUUAAAGAAUUAUUCUAAUAAAUUGUUGUUUAAUGACUCUAAUCGACUGAGACUUCCUAGGAGAGACCAAGUUUUUCAUACCUUUUCGCCAGGAAACAAACCAAGUCAUAAAGAGGCCUUAGAGACCCUCCUUUUAUAAAGAUGUAUCUGUACGUGUUUAUUUUUUAUUUAGGAAACUACUUUACGCUUCGUACAGCGUAUAUUCCUUGCACUGUAAGAGAUUUUAAGUUUUUGGGUGG